AUGCCUUCAGUGGAACCAAAGAAACCGCCACAGACGCACUCCCAGGCGCGGCACCCGCCGGGCCCGCGGCCCUUCAGCCUGGUGACUCUCCCCGCCUUCAGCCUUCAGCUGUCCUCGAGGGAGCACAGCUGCCUCUCUGCUGUGGCGGGAGUACGGCUGCCCCGCCUCAUCGCUCAGGUGGGGCACCGGAGAGCGCUCCACGGGUCCAAAUGGACGCAGGGACCUCAGCUGGUAGCGUCCGCCCUGGGCACAGAGCUCCCCGUCAUACAGCGCAGUGUUCCAGAGCCGGAGCAGGUGGAGCAGCCUGGUGAGAACCAGACUCGGAGGGGCCCGGUGAGAUUCAGAAAGGCCAGGGUCCCCAGGGGUCCAGUGAAUGUGGAGGAGGUCCUGUACCUGCUCAGCACUUCAGGAGCACACCACAGGGGCCCCCAAAUAUUCUACCUGCAAGAAGAGCCAGGGCCUGUCCACAGACCGUACGACCUGCAUGUGGUGGCUCCCUCUAAGGCCAGGUCAGAGCACUAUGUCUUCUGCCGCAGCGGCGUGUUCCACAUGACCCCGAGCGGAUACGGUGGGAUGACCAGCCUGGCGCAGUGGUACAGGGAGGCCGUCUACUGGCACGCCCUGCACAAAAUGCCCUUUUUCAGGCUCUUCAAACUCAGAAAGGCUUUCUGCUGGUGGAGACUUCAUGUCCGUCACUGCCUCUUCCGCCGGCGCUGUGAGCAGCUGCAGAGCCUCUUGCUCACAGACAGUGCCCUCUACAGAGCAGCACUGUUUGGGUUAGCCAGGACCCAGCAGGAGGUCUGGUCCUCUCCCUGGCUGCCACAGUCUGGCUCAUAUAAACUGAUGGAACUCUGUGACGCUCUACAGAAUCAGAGGAAACACUUCCAGUGUAAUCUAGGGCUCUUUUCCCAGUACUGCAGGAAUGUUCUUCAAAGGGUACAGGAGGAGAGCCACCGGCUACUCCAUCAGCUGCAGUGUCACUUCAGACUGUCCCAGGAGGCAAAGCACUUCUGUGGGCCCCUGCACCUGCACCAGAGGCACCAACAUGAGCUGCAGAGGGAGCUACGCACAGCUGAACACGCCCUGAACAGAUGGGACUCUUUUGCACGACUGGUGAACUACAUGACUGUGGGGACCAUGGUCACAUCCAUCCAACAGGAUGUCGCACACUUCAGCUAUAAUGUACUGCAGACUCAGUCCCUCAGUUUCCAAACAGAGCUGACCCUUAGUGCUCAAAGGCAGCUGAGUGUGGACCCAGGAUUGCACCAGUUCCAUGCUCUCCUAAGAGAUCUGUUGACUGCCAAAGAUUUCCUUAUUCAGAUGUGUGACAUAUGUGACUUCUCUGGUGAAACUUCACUCCAAGACUUGGUGUACAGCUGUGCCACAGAUGUGGGUUUCUCCAAACACACUGCCACUUGAGCAACUGGACUUGAGUUGGCUGUACCAAAGGUUCUCCUGGUUGCUGGAGGUGCAGGAGUUUGUGGAAGCUUGGAGCCAGAGUGGGGCCCCCAUGGUUCCAUCAGCAGAG